GUAGGUGUUUUAAAUAGAAUCCUUUAUAUUAAAGCUGUAUUAUACUCCCGCUAUCGGAUUGAAAGAAAAAUAGGUGUCAAGUUUCUGUUUUCAUACUAUAUACCCGGUUUGCGGGAGUUUAUACAACACGUUAAUAAUGGUUCAGACGUGCUAGUUCCAACGAUGCGGUUGAGACGACUGAUAAAGCUAUGCAAGACAGGUCUCAAGUUCUGCUGUUUCCUGUUAACAUUUCUCCUCAUUACUGAGCGGAUACUAGAAGACGGUGAGGAACAAAGUCAGGUCAAGACCAGUCUGAAUAAACAUACUGUAGUCAAAAGACAGCCUACAGAAGAAGUACCAUUUAAAGUUGUGUUAGAUGAAAUUCCUAGUCAAAAUAUGAACAAAAACCACAAAGACGCUGCUGUGUUUUCAAAUUCUACUGCCAUAAUACCCGGACUAUAUCGUGUUUUCGGAUUUGGAUACGACAUUUUCUUAUUCUCGGCCGUCGUUGGAAAUUCCUCCGCCAUAAACACGUGGGACACUAUAGUAAUUCAAGGCUGGGAACACAGAAUGUUUGAGAACACAACUUUCGGUUGUUGUAUAAAAUACAAGAGCGGGGAUAUGAUUUCAGUUAAUAUGACUAGAAAAUAUCACUGGGCUUAUAGGGACAAAGUAAGCAUGCCUGUCAAACAGUACUUGUGCCCGAAUCCUAGAUACAAGCUUAAUGACCUGCCUGUAGCUGUAACUAUUUCCGGACACACGAAGCAGACGGCGUGUCACCGAAGAUUCAACUGGUAUUUGGAGCCAUAUUUCGCACGUGCUCACAAGGAAGAAAUAGCAGUUUGUACAAAGAUGGUGUAUGGUAGCGUGUCUGCAGACGACAUUUUAUCUUGGUUCGAGAUACAUCGCCGGUUGGGUGUAAACAAGGUAUUAACCUAUUCCUAUAACCUAAAUCCAGAGGCUGCUAAAGUAUUACAGUACUACGAGUCGCAGGGUUUAGUAGAGACUUUUUCGUUCAGACUUCCAAAAGCAUCUCGAGGACGGAAAGUUUCACAGGUAGGAGUUAAAAACAUGCAAGCCUGGAACGAUGAACAGAUUCCUGUCUUUGACUGCCUAGAGAAAUUGAAGGGAUAUAAAUACCUGGCGGUAAUAGACAUGGACGAAUAUCUCAUACCCAAGGAAGUCAAAACAUGGCCGCAAUUGUUCGACAACCUAUGGAAGGUGAGGCCCUGGGCAGCCGGAUAUACGUUCCUCGUGCAUUUACAUAUAACAUCCUGGGGUGUGACUAACAACUCGUCUCGGUUUACGGUCGGCAAGUAUAUAAACCGUACAGCCGCACUGGUUGACCGGGUAAAACAUGUUACACGACCAGAUAGACUGGGUAUCGGCGGUUUGUCUACUCACAUGUAUACCCCUAAUUGGGAAAAGAAAUAUAAGAGAUUUCAAGCGAAGGAGUCGGAGGCGACGAUCCAUCAUUUCCGGGCUUGCAGAAAGGACUGGGAGAAGAGAGCAUCUAACAAGACAUGCAUGAAAAUAGCAAGAAUUACAGACACAUCGUUGGUGGAUAUUUUAUCGCCGAUAGAAGAAGACAUUGUAAAGUUAAAGGCAUCGAUAUCGGACCAUAGCUAAAGAGAGUGUUGCUUCAAAAGUCAUAAAAUGUAUAAAACCAUUGAAACAGGAAGGAUCAGUCAUAUGAAGUAAACCUCAUUGCACUGAAGAUCGAGAAAUGACAGUCACAUCACUGUUAUGUCUGUUACAUCUUGAUACGAUAAGGCUAUCCAGUAGCUGUUUGCCAGAAAUUUAAGACUUAACGAAAGCGGGAAGGGAAACAGCUUGGAUAUUUCUGAAUUUUUAAAGCAUCAGCCUACGUUAGAGUGGCUUUAAAAGUUAUCAAAACAAAAUAAGAAACGUUCUGGGCAUGGGUAAUUCCGUAAUACUAUACACAUGUCCUUUAUGAAAUCUUCCUUAACCAUAAAAAGUUGAUAAAGUCAUGACGUAACGUAUCACUCUAGAUUGAACUAGAAGUAAUCAGAUAUGUUCAUGGAUUUAAACUAAUAUAUCACUGAAGCUUCGAUAGAUAUAUCAACUUCUUUAAACAGAAUUUGAAAUAAAUAUUCUUUCAGUAUAAAUGUAACAGAUUUUCUGUGAGUUAAAACAUCCUUGUGGUGUCUUAAACGACAUGAUUCCUUCCGCAUUCUGAUAACUAUAGCCUAGAGUGGCAGAAUUAAUUCAUCGACUACGGAUUCGGAAAAUGUUUAGAAACGGUGUGAAAACGCAUGCAACAGUUGUAAAGAUGGAGCUUUAGAAUCACGUAAUUUGAUUCGUAUGUUCUUUUGAAGAAAACAGUGGCAACUGCGUUAGUUGUAAUAAUUGAAAUCUGCUUUCUAGGAAACGAUUAAAGACAUUGUUCGUUCAGUGUAGUGAAUGCAAGAAGAAUGUAGGUUUACAUUUCUUUCAGAAUUUUAACGAAGAAAAUUUCUAGUCAGAUUGUCAUAUUCAGUUCAGUUAUUAGAAUAUCAGCAUUGUCUUCACUGCAAUCGAUCUUUGUGUGUAAUAAGCAUGUAUAUGUACAUUAAAUGUAUGUAUUUCAUUAAACUUUGCUAUGCAAUAAUAAAAGUUUAUAAUAAAUUUAUAUAAAAUA